CGGCCGGGCGCCGCGCCACAACAUGGCGACCGUCAAGGUGACGGAGCAGAAGGUUAUACUGUGCGGCGAGUACGGCGUCGGAAAGACAUCUAUAUUUCGACGCUUUGCUAACAACACGUUCGUCGCCAGUAACGAUCGUAAGUCAACCCUGGGUCUUGACAACAUCGACAAGGAAUAUGUCAUCGAGGACAGACGGAUACGUUUGCAACUAUGGGACACUGGCGGUAUGGAAAGAGUGGCAUCUGUUACCUCAAGUUACUACAAGUUUGCAGAGGCUGCUAUUCUGGUGUUUGCCCUGGAUAACUCGACAUCGUUUCAUUUGUUGUCUCAACAUUUGCUCGACAUAGUUACAUAUGCGGAGAAUGCAAAGAUAUUCCUUUGUGGAAACAAAAGCGACUUGGAAAGCGUCGCACCACAAGUCACAGACACAGAGAUGGAACAAUUUUGCGAACAAUGUCAUAAUCUAAUUUCGGGAAUAUAUAAAACGUCGUGCAAAACCGGUGAAGGUGUAAACGAGAUGUUUGAGGAUAUAGCACAGCACCUGGUUGAGGCUAAUCGAUCGCGAAUGGAGCUUCACGAGAUGGACAAGGAUCGAUUUAAGAUUUCAUAUGUCGAUGAAGCAACUGAUCCAUCAUGUUUGUGCUAAUCUGUAAUUGAAAUUCGUCAACAUGACACACACUCUCUGAGAAUCUCUAAAGCUUUAAGGAAAACAGAAUGAAAUCUUUUAUAUCAAGCACAUGUUACUUUCCUAUGAGGGAAAGUUGCAUCUCGCAGAGGAAGGAAGAAUGCAUAAACGUGAUAUGUAUACCAAGUACACAAGUUGCGCGCUAUGAUCCGAAUUAAAUCUAGGACAACGCUACGGCAAAACAAAUUUCUUGAUUGAAAAUUUAUUACAUGUGAAAUUAUAUCUUAAUCGACUAGGCUUGAUUUAUUAAUAUGAUUUACAUGAUCGGUAAUAUUAUACACUUGAUAAACAUACAUACUAUAUCUAUUUAAGUUUGUAAAGGUUAAACGAUAACCAGGCACUAGUGCUGAGUCCAUUUGAUAGUCUUCAAAUCGAUACCAUCUUCUACCAUUUCCCACAGUGGGCUACAAAAAAACAAAAAUAUUAAAUUUUUGGUACGUUUUUACGUAAUGCCAUGGCUAAUAA